AUGGCGCAAUUAGCCGUAGAGGAGCUUAGCCCUUUUGAAAGACAAGAACUGUUAUGUGUAUAUUCAUCACUACUAUUGUACGAUGAUGAAUUGGAGAUAUCUAAGGAAAACAUAAACAAAGUGCUAAACAGUGCCGGUGCUAAGGUGGAGCCCUAUCUUCCAAUGCUUUUUGCCAAAGCUUUGAAGGGUAAGGAUUUGAAUGCUUUGUUUGGUUCAGUAGCCUCUAUUGGUGCUCCUGUUGCUUCCCAUGCUGCUGCCACUACUAGUGCAGCGGUAGAUGCGCCUCAGGCUGGAAAGGCCCAGGAAUCAAAUGUUGAAGAAGAAGAGGAUGAUGAUGACAUGGGAUUUUCACUCUUUGACUAA